AUUCACCUACAGAGCUGCCAAGGGAUUUUCAAUAGAAAAAUCGGAUCUUCGUCUCUCCAAAUUGGGACCAAAUUUAAUUUUGGAACAAAGGAGGUCAACUGCAGGAACUAUGGGAACUAGAAGGACGCUCAUUCUGUGGAAAAGGCAAGUCUUGGUUUUCUUUGUUUUGCUGGGAUUGUCUUGGGCGAGUACCGACUCUUUGCACUAUUCUGUAGAGGAGGAAACAGAAGCUGGCUCUUUUGUGGCUAAUCUGGCAAGGGAUCUGGGCCUGGGGGUUGCGGAGCUGUCCUCCAGGGAGGCCAGAGUAGUGUCAGAUGAUAAUAAAAAGCAUUUACACCUUGAUUUGCUGACCGGAGAUAUGCUCUUGAGUGAGAGACUGGACCGGGAAGAGCUGUGUGGCUCCACCCAGCCCUGCAUGAUGCCUUUUCAGGUGGUACUGGAAAACCCUCUACAGUUUUAUCGAGCUGAGCUGCAUGUCAGAGAUAUAAAUGAUCACCCCCCCAAGUUCCUGGAUAAGGAAAUAACUAUUAAAAUACCAGAAAGUGCAACUAUUGGAUCCACAUUCUUAAUGGAGAAUGCACAAGAUCUGGACAUAGGAAGCAACAGUCUACAGGACUACAGCAUUGGCCCCAAUUCUCAUUUCUAUGUUAAAAGUCAUGAUAAUGGUAAUGGAAAGAUAUAUCCGGAGCUGGUUCUAGACAGAGCUUUAGACCAUGAGGAGGAAUCUGAGCUUAGAUUGACACUUACAGCACUGGAUGGUGGGUCUCCACCCAGGUCUGGGACAACAUCCAUUCUCAUAAAGGUAUUGGAUAUCAAUGAUAAUGUUCCUGAGUUUGCCGAGAGUUUAUAUGAGGUUCAGGUCCCAGAAGACAUGCCCAUUGGUUCCAGUAUUAUUGCCAUCUCUGCUAAAGAUUUAGAUUCAGGAAAUUAUGGGACAAUAUCAUAUUCAUUUUUGCAUACAUCAGAAGUUAUUAGAAAAACCUUCGACAUCAACCCAGCAUCUGGGGAAGUCAACCUGAGGUCAUUACUGGAUUUUGAAGUAAUACAAUCCUAUUCUGUAAAUAUCCAAGCAACAGAUGGUGGAGGUCUUUCAGCAAAAUGCACUCUUUUAGUCAAAGUAUUAGAUAUUAAUGACAAUGCUCCAGAAGUGACCAUGUCAUCAAUUACAAAGACAAUUCCAGAGAAUGCUUCCGAGACCCUGGUCGCUCUUUUCAGUGUCCGAGAUCAAGACUCUGGGGACAAUGGAAAAAUUCUUUGCUCUAUUGAGGAUGACCUUCCAUUCAUCCUGAAACCCACCUUCAAGAACUUUUUCACUCUACUUACUGAAAAAGCACUGGACAGAGAGAGCAGAGCUGAGUACAACAUCACCAUCACAGUCACCGACAUGGGCACACCCAGGCUCACAACCCAGUACACCAUAACAGUGCAGGUGUCUGAUGUCAACGACAACGCCCCCGCCUUCACACAAACCUCCUACACCCUGUUUGUCGAGGAGAACAACAGUCCUGCCCUGCACAUAGGCACCAUCAGUGCCAUAGACUCAGACUCAGGCUCCAAUGCCCACAUCACCUACUCGCUGCUGUCCACCCACGACCGGCAGCUGGCCCUCUCCUCUCUCAUUUCCAUCAAUGCUGACAACGGGCAGCUGUUCACGCUCAGAGCUCUGGACUAUGAGGCCCUACAGACUUUCGAGUUCCGCGUGGGAGCCACAGACCAAGGUUCGCCUGCACUCAGCAGCCAAGCGCUGGUGCGCGUGCUCGUGCUGGACGCCAAUGACAAUGCGCCCUUCGUGCUCUACCCUCUGCAGAAUGCCUCUGCUCCCUGCACUGAGCUGCUGCCCAGGGCGUGGAUCGCGACUCUGGCCAGAAUGCCUGGCUGUCCUUCCAGCUGCUCAAGGCCACGGAGCCAGGGCUGUUCAGUGUGUGGGCUCACAAUGGUGAGGUGCACACCUCCAGGCUGCUGA